UGCUGUGACGACCCCUAAUGAAUAAAGGAACUAAGCCGAAGGAGAAUGAAUGAAUAAUACUGUCCAUUUUCCAGAACUAUAGCUUUUGUGAUUUACAUAUUUUAAAACUGAAUAUCAAAUGUUGUCCAACACAAAAAGGGACACUGUAUCGUCACACAAGAUGUAGCCUAGGGUGGACGAGAACAGAAUGAAUGAACCAGAAAUAGUGAGCAAACCCAUCUGUUUCUGGGCUAUUAGUUUCCAUGACAACAUCAUGAGCCAGUCGAAAUGCCAAACAGGUAGAUGACUCACAACGGGGAAUAAACGCGGCUAAAUGACCAUCAGAUCCGCACACACACACACAGCCAGGGAGAAAAUAACAGAUGCGCUCCGAGCAGCACAAAAGGAGUUAAACCCACUGACGUAAACAGCAUCAUUUAGCCUGAGGACUCGUGCCGUUUGACCCGGACGCGUGUCUGCUGCUUUGACUGAGCUGUGAUUCCCGAGUCCCACAUCUUCGCCAGACAGCGGGUUAAUUCUGGACGAGAGCAAAGCCAGCUUUAUUACAUCAUCAUUAUCAUCAUCAUCAUCCAGUCCAUACCGGAAUGACACGGUUAAUUAUUUAGGCUACUGUAAUAAACUCAACUUGCGCGGAGAUUAUUUUUGUGUGCAUUUGUGAGCUUUGUUUUUGUUUUUAAAUAGAAAAGGGCAUUACACAAGAAUGCCCUGCUUUAACAGGAGCUUUUGUUGAUAAAGAGAAGAAAAGGCGUCUCUCGUGACUGGUCCAUUGUGUGGAGGAUGUGAGUUCGUGCGGGAUGCCAUGGCAGCGGUGGAUGCAGCAGCGAGCGGGCAAGAGCCGCCCGGUCUCCCGGUACCCAAGGCGUUUCCCUACGAGGAGUACGAGUGCAAGAUCUGCUACAACUACUUCGACCUCGGCCGACGGGCUCCAAAAAUCUUGGAGUGCCUCCACACGUUUUGCGAGGAGUGUCUGCACGCGCUGCAACUGUGCGAGGAGCGGCCGUGGCGCAUCAGCUGUCCCGUGUGCCGCCACCGCACGCCCGUUCCGGACUACCGGAUUCAAAACCUGCCCAACAACACCAAGGUCACCGAGGAUUUCCCGCUGUAUAUUGAUUCAGAUCCAGUGCCUCAAGAUGCUCUGCCGCCACACCCGCCUCCGCUUCACCCGGCGCUCAUCGCGCUCCGGCGGGAGGAGGACGCGUCCGCGGCGUCUAUGGCGGGUCACGCGACGCCCUCCACCACUACGGUGUCCACCGCCACCACGCUGUCCCAAGACUCGGUUUCACGUUACGAAAGCUGCCAUAAUUGCCGACGGCUCGCGCUGACCACCGGGUGCGUGUGCGUGAUCUUCUCGUUACUGUCCAUGCUAGUGUUGCUCUUCCUGGGCCUCAUUUUUGUGCACAGCCACGGCGGGCCGCCCUCACCCGCGGGACCCCUCUGUCUGUCGGUGGCCAGCAUCCUCGCUAUGCUGUCGGCGAUGGUCACCUGGCUGCUCUACUGGCUCAAAGACCGACCAGAGCACGACACGGGCCGCUCCUCGGCCACCACUAAUGCCAGCCGGAGAAACGCGUGACUGGGCAUCAGGAUCGUAUGACAAGCGCUUUCACCACUCAUUCCUUAAUAUACCCGGUAACAUUUUAUCUUAAAGGACAAUUCAUGCUAUUAACUAAUCAUUUACUAAGACUAUUGGCUAAUUAGCUGCUUAUUGAUAGUAGUAGUUUAGGUAGGCUAUUUGGGAUGUAGAAUAAAACCUUACAUUAUAAGAAGCAAUAAACUGCCAAUAUCUUAAUAAUAGGCAGGCAAUAAGCCAGUAGGUAAUAGUGUGAAUUGUUACUUGAGUUAAAAUGUUACCAUAGUACAGCUAGUUUAUUUUCAUGUUACUAUCAGUAACUUUAAUCUGCUGUCAGAAUAGUCAGUUUUAACAAUUUUGAGUGAAAUUAUUUAACUAGAUUUUUUUUGUAAAAAAGGUCUAUCCCAUAUGAAAACAAUCCUAUAUUUAUCUGUUGUUAAUACUAGUGUUUUUGAUCCAUACUAUAGUAAAUUGUGAUACACUGCAUUUGUUAUAGUAUUUUCAACUCUGUCAAUGAAUGCUACAGUAACUAGUUAAUGAUACAGUAACGAAUACUGCAGCAUGCUUUAAUUUUUGCCACAGUAAAUGAUGAUGUAUUAUAGUAUAAUAUCCUCUAUAAGUGUAGAAAAAAAACAGAACUCGGUCAUUAGUGGUUGUGUAAAUGUAGCAACUAUAAAAUCACCACAACCAAUUAAUUAAAUAGCACACUAGAGUAUGGUUCAAAAACAAGUGCACACUAUUUACUAUAGUAUUUUUUAAAUGUGGGGAAAGUCUUUUUUUUUUUACAUUUUAAACAUUAACAUUCCAAUCUCACUAAUUUCACAUAUCUAAUUAUUAAGUAGCUACAGCAAGGUCAUAUUAGUUUACAUUAAUUAAUGAAUUAGCACACAUCGGGCAAUAUUACACUCUAAAAAUGCUGGGCUUUAACUGAACAUUGGGUCAAAUAUGGAGAAAUCCAACAUUGGGUUACUUCUUCCACUAAAAUUUAAAUGACACUUUCGAACCCAAUGGGCUGGUUUCUUUAUAUUUGACCCAAUGUUGAGUUAAAACAACCCCAUUGUGUCAAAUAUGGAGAAAUCCAACAUUGGGUUACUUCUUCUACUUUAAUUUAAUUGACACUUUUAAAUGCAAUGGGCUGGUUUCUCCAUAUUUGAACAAAUGUUGAGUUAUAACAACCCUAUUGGGUCAAAUAUGGAGAAAUCCAACAUUGGGUUACUUUUUUC